AUGCUGUUUUUACAAUCGAAACCUAUAAUUACAGAUGAAAUAAACAGAAUGAACCGACAUGAUAUACAAUUAAAUCUAAAAGUUUUAUCUGAAGAUCAAUGUCCGGAUAAUAAAAUAUUUGCUGAAAUUAGUGUAAAACCAAAAAAUGCAUAUAAAUCAAUUCAAAAUUUAAAACUUUAUAUUGAUAAUGUACCACAAUCAGAAACAAUUGUACUAAAAUCCGAUAUAUUUAAAUUUUCAGCAUCAGGCUUUACAUCUGAUAAUUAUUAUACAAUGUUUGUUGAAACAAAUAUCAAAAAUGGUCAAACUCUUAAACCAAUUAAAUCAGAAAUACGUGUAAGAUUUUUCAUUUUUUUAAGGCUUUUAAACUACUAUCGCAGCCAAAAUACAAGAGCCGUAGUUCUUUUUUCAAUAACUAAGCAUCAAGUAGAGAUAGAGACUUGUGGUUUUCACCAUUCGAUAGACUUGAUGAAUUUUCGAAGCCAGUUUUCCAUAGGAUUUUUGGGAAACUAGCUUAAAUUUUCCGAAAUUCAUGUAGGAAUGUAUCGAUUUGUUGAGGGCAUAUAUAGUUCGAAGUGUCCUCUACAAAACUGGAUCCAAGCGACAUCUUGAAAACCCAUGGUUUGGGAACUAUGGACGUUUUCCCUGAAGCCUUAGCACUCCUCUGCCGUUAGGUUUGAAACUGUCAGAAAUGAAUGAAAUAGGUUAUCGACUAUGCUGAAUCUCGUGGCAAUGUUAGUUUUCAGAAGAAACUGCAACAAACCAGUGAAAGCCUAUAUUAGAUAAUCCAGUUUUGAUUAUUUUCAUCAAAAAUUAAAAACUUCAUAACUCACGAGGGAACAUUCCCAGGUGCCGGAAUCCGAUUUCGUCCAUUCAUGUGCCGAUCGAUAGGUCCUAUUGAGGUGUGAAAAAGCCUCAAAGGAUAUCUGCCCGAUUUGCUUCCUUCCAAAGUUACACCCGUUUUUCUGUUUUUCCCAGCGAAAAACGCACUACAUUGAAAAAUUCAUAACUCAAUCAAUUUUUUCAAUAUCCGCUUGAAACUUUCAUCGAAAACAGGUGACCUGGUCUAGUAUUUAUGCUGAAAGUUUCAGCCUUCAACUGUGUUUCCUUUUCGAGAUGCAGAAUUUUUCGUUCUUCAAGCGAUUGCUGUGCCAAUUACAUGAUCACU